AGACACACAUUGGAAUCUCAGACUUCAGGUCCCAGCUAAGUUGUAAGCUGCCGGAAGGGAGCGAUGGCUGUGGCCCUGGGCUGUGCAAUCCAGGCCUCCUUGAAUCAGGGCUUCAUGCUUGAAGAGUAUGAUACUGACUGUGAAGUCUUCCGUCAGCGCUUCAGGCAAUUCCAAUACCAAGAAGCGGCCGGGCCUCAUGAAGCUUUCAACAAACUCUGGGAGCUUUGCUGUCAGUGGUUGAAGCCAAAGAUGCGUUCUAAAGAACAAAUCUUGGAGCUGCUUGUGUUGGAGCAGUUUUUAACUAUUCUGCCCACGGAGAUAGAGACCUGGGUGAGAGAACACUGCCCAGAGAAUAGAGAAAGAGUUGUGGCUCUGAUAGAAGACUUACAGAGAGAACUUGAGAUACCAGAGCAGCAGGUCGGGAGGCAAGAGAUGUGCUUGGAAGAAUUAGCACCAGUGGGAACAGCACACCUGCCACCAAACCUCCAUGUGGAGUCACCUGAGGUCCACAUCCCAGGACCUUCCCAGGAGGUCACAGUGGCAGAGGCGUGGGUCCCACAGGUAGAGCCACAGAAUCUGAACUAUGGUGGUGUUGGGGAGUGUCCGCGCUUUCCUGAGCCAGGAUAUCCAAUACUAAAGCUUGACCUGAACUUGCCAUUGGAGCACAGAGAAGAGUCAUGGGUGAAGGAAUUACAAGACUCCAAAGAAAUGAAACAAUUACUUGAUCCCAAGUUAGGUUUUGAUAUUGAGAGAGAAAAUGAAGAAGAGUCUUCAAAGCAGAGUAAGAUGGAGAAUAUGUACCCAUUUGUUGUGACAUUAGAGGGAAACGCUCUACACGGUCCCAUUUUGCAAAAAGACUAUGAACCGCUAGAAAAUCCAUGGGAACCACCUCCCGAGGAGCUACAGACAGAUUUAGCCAAGCUUGUAAAUCCUCAGAACAACGCUACAGGAGAGCAACCUGAGAGUGCCAAUCUGGAAGAACCUGUUGCCCCUAGACCCCAUAAGAAAAAGAAUCCAGGCGAGAAACCUCACCGAUGUUCUCAGUGCGGGAAAUGUUUUGCUCGGAAGUCACAACUGACCGGGCACCAGAGAAUUCACUCUGGAGAAGAACCUCACAAGUGUCCUGAAUGUGGGAAAAGUUUCCUUCGGAGUUCCGACCUUUAUAGGCAUCAACGGCUUCACACUGGGGAGAGGCCCUAUGAAUGCACUGUGUGUAAAAAGCGAUUCACUCGACGAUCGCACCUUAUAGGGCACGAGAGAACCCAUUCUGAAGAAGAAACCUACAAAUGCCUGGAGUGUGGGAAAAGUUUUUGUCACGGAUCUAGUCUUAAAAGACAUCUGAAAACUCAUUCUGGUGAAAAACCUCACAGAUGCCACAGUUGUGGGAAAAGUUUUAUUCGACUGACUGCUCUUACUCUGCACCAGAGAACUCACACGGAAGAGAGACCUUUUAAAUGCAAUUACUGUGGGAAAAGCUUUAGACAGAGGCCAAGCCUUGUUAUUCACUUGAGAAUUCACACAGGAGAGAAGCCUUAUAAGUGUAGCCAUUGUUCCAAAAGCUUCAGACAAAGAGCAGGCCUUAUUAUGCACCAAGUCACUCACUUUAGGGAAGAUUUCUUUAAGAACUGUUGAAGAAAACAGGUCCUGCCGAAAUUGGCACUAACUCAGAGAAGUAGAACCUGUUUGUCUUAGAAGGGACAAUUUGUUUCGUUUUUAGCUUUUACGAUCAGCUCCCCCUCCCCCAACUUAAAACUCCUCUUCCAAGGCAUACAAGUUUUAGAGUAUCUACCAACUCUUGCAUCUUUCCAAGCUUUGAUUUUGAUUGUCUCUACAAUUUUAUCUUUCCAUUACAAUGAAAUUUUUGUGUGUACCAAGCCAAUCGUCCAACCAUAUCAUAGGUGUAAGUGUAAAGCAUGUCGGGGAUGACAUUCUUGUCAGCUAUAGGAUCAGUAGAAUGGGUUGUCUUUGUCAAACCAAGUCUGCCAGACAUAUCGUAGCAGUACUGCAAUUACUUUCCUGUGUGGUUAUCAAAGAUGAAUAUAUUAAUUAGUUCAAGGCAGGUGAAAAGAUAAGAGACAGUUAAGUUGAUCAAACUACAAAAAUGUAUCUAGAACACAAAGCUGGAAUGAAUGACAUUUACCUAGUAAGAACUGUAUUGUUCUCAUUGAUGAUUCUUAAAAAACAUAUAGUUAAGAAAAUCAAAGUAAUAACAUUUGCAAUGUUGAAAAUUUUGCUAUACUGUUUAGGUGGCCAAAAGACAACAACAGAGAAACCAAAUCCACUGCCAUUGAAUUGAU